AUGACGAAUAUCAUCAUCAGCCUAAAAAGAUCACCACCAACACUGUUGCAUGCUGUACUUUCACAUAAACAGAGGAGCGUCGCUCGGCAACCUAGAAGCGGGACGAAAUAUCAUCCGAAAAUUCCCGGAUUUCCGAAAAUUCCCGGAUUCCCGAAAAUUCCCGGAUUCCCGAAAAUUCCCGGAUUCCCGAAAAUUCCCGGAUUUCCGAAAAUUCCCGGAUUCCCGAAAAUUCCCGGAUUCCCGAAAAUUCCCGGAUUCCCGAAAAUUCCCGGAUUCCCGAAAAUUCCCCCCCCCAAAAUUCCCGAAACCAGGAAUCCCCAAACGUACCCCAACAUCCCCCCAGAUUCCCAAUCCUCCCUCCUCGCACCCGGAGACUCCCACUUGCCCCACGAGGACGAGAAUGCGCCGAAAUUCCCGAAAUUCCCGAAGGAACUCUGGGUGGAAGCAGGGGGGGCGCCGGAGGAGGAGAGGCCGGGGUAUGCAGGGCCGCCCUUGAAGAGAAUCCUGUUUUGGAAUGAUGCCUAUGGAAACAAACACUACGGUUUCGGAUACGGCAGAGAACCGUUUAUCCGGGCCGGCUGCCGUAUUAAUACGUGUACGACAACGGCAAAUCGAGCUAAAUAUCCCUUAAAGGAAUUGGAUGCUGUUAUCUGGCAUUUUAGAUCAAAUGAUAAAAGUCUGCCAACGGAGAGGUCACCUCAUACCCGAUAUAUAUUUUGGAUGAUGGAAUCCGCUUCCUACCUCUUUGGUGACAUUAAUCGAUAUAACAACGUUUUUAACUGGACUUUUACCUAUCGACUCGAUUCGGACAUUCCUAAUCCAUAUGGUCGUGUAUAUCGCCUCCGGCAGCCUCAUCCUUCCUCAGAUUACAAUUAUGCAGGAAAUAAAACGAAAUUAGUUGCUUGGUUUGUCUCGAACUGCAAGACACAAAGUGGACGAGAGCAAGUCGUAGGAGCGCUCAAAAAGUGGAUAAAAGUGGAUAUAUACGGCAGGUGCGGUCCACUCAAAUGCCCAAGAUCUGCAGAAUGUACAGAGAUGCUCAAUGCUACUUACAAAUUCUAUCUUUCUUUUGAGAAUUCACUCUGCCAGGAUUACGCCACAGAAAAGUUCUUUGGGACCCUCAAGCUGAACGUUAUCCCAGUGGUUUACGGGCUCGGCAACUACAGCGUUCAAGCGCCACCUUACUCCUAUAUAGACGCUUUAGCUUUUCCGAGUGUGAAAAAACUUGCCGAAUAUUUGCUGUAUCUUGACGGGAAUGACACGGCCUAUAAUGAAUAUUUUCGAUGGAAAACUUUUCACCACUUCCCAAUGAACUUUGCCAAAUUUUCUCGUCCGUUUUGCGAGAUUUGCGAACGCCUUCACACAGACAAGAAGAAGAGUGUGUAUGAUCUUCGCCACUGGUUUGUCACGAAAUCGCAUUGCAUGAGUGGGUCGACGCCUGCAAUCAAAGCUUUUGUGAGAGGGAGCUAACUGUGGACACGGAAGAAGCAAAAAGAGAAAGAAGAAGCAGAAAUAAAAGGAAGUGAGAAGAAGAAGCAGAAGCAGCAGCAGCAGCAGCAGCAGAAGAAGAAGAAGAAGAAGAAGAAGAAGAA